UAGUAAGAGCUCGUUUAGGAGGACUUGUACACUGAAAGCUCCAGAAAAAUGGAGUAAACAGGAUGUGGAGUCAUUGAUAUGGUGAAGGAGAUGUUUAUUUAGCAUUUAUGGAAGGAGUCUCCAGUGUCAGCACAACAGUCAGAGGUUAAAGCUGUAACUUUACAUUUUCCAACAGAGAAAAGUGUUCAGAACUGUGGCAUUAAUGCCUGAACCUGAAUGAAAUAGCCUGUUUUGUGGAUGUUCCCAACAUUAAAUGUAACUAUAAAUGGAUAAAUGUACAACAUGGCAUUCUUUAAUAAAUAAAACAUUGUUAACGUUGGCAAAUUGCUGUGGUAUAAGAGGAAUAAUACACUUCAUAACAUACUGUUAAAGGGAAAUAAUGAGCUUUGGGAUGGUAGCAAUGACUCCGCUUUAUCACACCAUGCUGUGUUAAUUAUUUUCCUGCAACAGCAUGCUCCGAAAUAUUCCAUGUUUCUCCUUUUAUAUAAACGGUGUUCUGUGAAUAAAAAUAACAGGAGGUAAACAGGAACCUUUUAUGCCUACAUUUUGUGCAGGAGCAGCAUUAAAAAUAGAAAUGUAGAACAAAAAAGGUUCCUCAGAAACAGGAUGUUUCAGUGGGAAGAGGUCACGAUGAGACAAUACUAUAUUUGAAAUUUUAACGAUUCCUGGAAAAGUGCCAUCGGAGAGAAUCCCAUAGAUCCUGUGUUGUAGGUUGAGGUCUCACUACAUGUUGCUGAAACACCAGAUUAUGGAGUGGGUUAUGGAGGUUGUGCGGUGCUCAAAAGAGGCCAUUUCCUUCUGUACGGCGUGUUUUGGCUUUCCAGAAAGAUCAGCAUCCUGCUUAUCUGAUAAUACGUCAUAAUAGCAAAGCCACAUACAUUGAUGAUUUAGGUCUGUUUAUCUCUUUAGUGUUGGGGGAUGUCACUUUCAGCUGAUGUUAGAGUUUAAAGGAAAAAUGGUAUUGUUGUGAAAUUAAAUAUAUCCAAACAACAAAUGGUUUUGCAUUGUUCAGCUAAAUUUGUGGCAUUUAGUCCAUUUGUACAAAAAUAUGCCCGAGGUUUGAAUUCCUGUAGUUCAACUUCUAUGUAAAAUUGUCAAUGUUGAAAGUUGACACUCAAGAUUUUUGUACUGUUGCGAAAAUAAAACAAACAAACAAAAAAGUGUCGCAACAAAAUUUGUUUGCUAGCUAAUUUAAUUCAUUGUUAGUUUUUUUUUCUCUUGUUAACUUUCCUAAGCCAGGAUUCAGAAUUUUAUAAAUAAAUGGCUGGUCCUCGUUUGUUUAAUUCAUGUUAGCUAGCAUAAGUUAAAUUCUUUUCAUAGAUUAACAGUUUAUUCUCUCAUUUACAGGAGUACUUACACAAGAAAAUGCGGUGUUCAUGGACAUCCAGUUUUUUUACCUUAUUCUGGGUUUUCAUGGACAACUGGAUCUUACGUUUCGCCUCUGAGUUUGUGUAUAUUUACGUAUAAAGUGAAUCUUGAGUGAUCAGCUUUAAGUUGUACAAUCGUUGACGAGUUACUGCGAAUUUAUAUACGGAUUACACUGUGAAGUUUAAAUCACUUUUAUUUCAAUCAUCUUGUGACAUGUUGUGAAACUGAGAUAAGAAAGUGAUUCCAAAAGAAAUCCAUACUUGAAGACAAACAAGACUAGGUAUUUGGUUAGGACAAAAGUAAUGGUGCCCUAUAAAAGAAGAUAUUGUUUCUUUGUGUGGGUCUAUUGGUAGCUGAUUAGCUGCAAUAGCUGAGCUGCAUUAUUGGAAGAUUUAACGCGCGCCGUACUUAGUCAUUGUUUAAUCAUCAUUUUGUCGUUUGCCUUUUUUAUGGAAUUUUGUAGGCAUGGCUAAAUAUAAAUCGGCUGUGUUGUGAAUGUUGGAAAAGUGACUACUGACUAAUCAAGCUUUUAUCAAGAUACCUAGACGGUUCCUGAAGAAGAAAAUCAAUGUUCCUGAAAUGUGUUAGCAAACAACUGGCAAGGAUUAAUUGAUAUAUUUAUUUUGUUUUUAAAAUGAUGUGGAGUAACGUUGCACCUUGAAUGGACUUCAUGAAGAAUUUACGGUUCACUUUUUUUUCAUGCUAACCAAGUGAAAGAAAAAAAAAGCAGAGCAGGAUGGGAAGAUGAAGAAUAAAAAAGACGAAACGAUAGAAAAAAUGCUUAUAGUGUCACGUCUCUUAUAAAAAAGGGGUGAAUCUAGAACCCUUGGGCGCUCUGCUAGUAAUUCUCUAAUAGGGAAAACCUAAGUAAGGCUCUAUACAGAACCCUUAAGUAUUUCUCAAAAGGAACAAACUGAAGAACCUUUAAAAACAUAACAAUAAAAACAUUACAUAAAUGCUUAUGGUGGAAACUAUCUUAGAAAUAUGGGGUCAAUCUUGGACCCUUACUGGGUACUAAGGGGGGGUCUAGGGACCCUCUCUAAUAAUUAAACCCUAUGUAGGGAUCUAUAAGUUAGGAGAUCUUAUGUAUUUCCUCAAACAACCUGAAGAAAAUAUAAAAUGAAAAAUAAAAUUCUUUUGAAUUGUCUCUAUUGUCUUUUGGAAGAAAAAACAAUAGAAAACGUCACAGAAAUUCUAAUGGUUUCCACUACAAAUACCAUUAAAAUGGUAUCCAUUAGACAUAACAUGCCACCAAUAGAAGACAGCAAAUUACUAGUAGAGACCCACAGGGACCAUUACAGUAUCCAUUAAAACCAAUACAAUUCCCAUUGUAACCAUUAAAACCAUUACACAUUCUAUGAGACCUUCUAUGGCUUUGUUUUGUUUUUAAUCUAGAACCAUUAGUGGUUCUUUAGUUUGUUCCUUUAAGGAAACACUAUAUAGGGUUCUUUAUAGCUCCCUAUGUUGGGUUUCUCUGUCUAAAUGAUUGACAAGUAGAACUUCAGCAUGAAUCUUUAGAACCUUUAACUAGUCAGAGAUUGAGGAAAUAAUGAAAUAUUACAAGCAAAUAAUGUAAAACAUUGAUUAUGAUGACAAAAAAAAACCCACACAAAAAUACCAUGAUAUAUCAAAGAACCGUGAUAUUUUUGGUUGGUUAUUGUAUCUUGAAUCAUUUUUCAUAUCGUUCCACCGCUAACUUAGAGCCAGUUUGGACGAAUUCCAGUGAGGAAGUGAAGGAAACACAAAGCUUGGUGCUGUUCAGCUGUAAAAGAAAGUGAGAGAAAAGAGAGAGUGUGAGAGAGAGAGAGAGAGAGAGAGAGAGUGUGAGUGUGUAUGUGUGUGUAUGAGUGUGUGUGUGUGUGUGUGUGUUCUUUGCUCUGCCCCACUUCCUCUCCUGACAUACGGCAUUACUCAGCUCACACUUACUCAUUUACUGUAAAAACGGAGAGAACGCAUAAUACAAGGCAAAACACAGUGUAUGGGAAAGAGUGUACUUGUGUGUCUGUGUGUGUCAGCGUGCAUCCCGGCGUGUGUGUGCGUGUAUGGGGUGUGUUCAGUGGGUGUGUGUGCCGUGUUGUGUUGUGCGUGUGCGAUAGUUUUUUUUCCUGUUGGACAUUGUACCUAUCAGAAGCAGAAGGCAGGGCCGGACCGAGAGGAAAAGCAGUUCUUCUUAACGCUGGACAGGAGGCGGUGCAGGAGCUGGACUUGGAGCUGAAACAGCCCGUCCGGAUGGAAGAAGAGAGGGAGGUGGAGCUUCAGGUGGAGGAAGAACAUGAAGUUGAGAAGGAGAGCCCUUGCCUCGUUGAGCCCAACACGCAGGGCGUCAUCAGAGGUGCCGACCUCUUCGGCUACGUGGGCAUCGAGGCCGUGCUAGAUCAGAUGAAACGCAAGACCAUGAAGUCUGCCUUUGAGUUCAACAUCAUGGUGGUCGGUCAAAGCGGCCUGGGAAAAUCAACGCUGGUAAACACACUGUUUAAAUCCAAGGUCAGCCGUAAGUCCUGCACUCCCAAUUACGAGGAGAAGAUCUCCAAGACUGUCCACCUGCAAUCAAUCAGCCACAUCAUCGAAGAGAAGGGCGUGAAGAUGAGGCUCACGGUUAUCGACACACCCGGAUUCGGAGACCAGAUCAACAACGAGAACUGCUGGGAGCCCAUCGUCAUGUACAUCAACGAGCAGUACGAGAAAUAUCUGAAGGAGGAGCUGCACGUUAACAGGAAGCGAAGGAUCCCAGACACCCGCGUCCACUGCUGUGUCUACUUCCUGCCAGCCACAGGACACCGGUUGCGCCCAAUCGACGUGGAGUUUAUGAAGCGGCUGGGGAAGAUCGUGAGCAUCGUACCUGUGAUCGCCAAAGCCGACACGCUAACCAUGGAUGAGAGGCUAGAGUUCAAGCAAAGGAUAAGACAGGAUCUUCAGACCCAUGGCAUCCAAGUCUAUCCACAGAAGGAAUACGACGAGGACGCUGAGGAUCGGAUACUCAACAACAAGAUCAGGGAAAACAUCCCGUUUGCAGUUGUGGGAACAGAUAAAGAGCACCAGGUGAACGGCAACAAGGUCUUGGGUCGGAAAACCAAAUGGGGAAUCAUCGAAGUCGAAAAUAUUGAGCAUUGCGAAUUUGCCAACUUGAGAGAUCUUCUGAUUCGGUCCCACCUUCAAGACCUGAAAGACGUCACUCACUACAUCCACUACGAGACGUACCGGGUGCGACGGCUGAACGAGAGCAACACCAGCAGACUGGGCCUCUCCGCUCUCACUCUGGAGAACGGUACAGCAGAGAAGAACGAUGCCGAGAGCCAGCUUUAAACACACACACACACAAUUCAUCAGUCCUGCGUGUGUGAUCACAAGAACAUUUAUCUUCCAGAUGUGAAGACGUAAAGACAUUUCUGCAUUUAAACCUCGUAUAUGAGUCUAUUUUUUAAGAGGUGUCCAUAUUAUGAGUGGGUUUUUGGGGGGAAAUGGAAAAAAAUAAAAAGACAGAAAAUGAUGAUGAUCUGAGGAAGUACUAUAGAAGUGAAAUGUAUGUAGGAAGAGAGAAAUUACUUUUUCCUCAUGCUGAGCAAUUAUUUCCCUUUAUUUCUCCUUUUUUUUUUAAAGAAAAGUAAAAUUAGACAAACUAUUUUUGUUACUGUGCUCGAUUUUUGGAAAGUGUCAUUUUUUUCUUAAUUUUCUAACAGAGCUCAUUUUUACUGCUUGUGAAAAAUAUGCUGAAAUGAAAGGAAAGCAAUAUCACCAAAAGUAUUUUCUUUUUUUUAACUCGAGCUGUGUAGUGUUUCUAUAAGUCUUGACAGACAUACAGGAAAAAACAAAACAAAAAAACAAAACAAGUAGAGCAGUAAUUACAUAUUCACUGUUUUUAAAUCAAUGGUACACAUUUUUAUACUCACUGUCUGUGAAAUUGUGAUUAUUUUUUUUUUUACUACAUGAAAGCUACUGUACAUAUCCAUGUUGUUGUUUUUUUUUCAGACUCUUUUUUUUUUUAUUUUUAAUAAUAAUGCAACAUGUACUAACAGCUCCACCAUGUCUUCGAUACAAAUAUUAAUAUUCAUGUUAAACGCCACUGAUUUACAAUUAAAUGAUUGUCACUGUUGA